GAACCAAAUUGGGCAUCUUUUUUUGCCUUAGGCCCCAUUGCCUUGAAUUCACUUUUUCUAACGUGUGAAGGAAUUAUAAGAAGCUAGCUGGCUCAGCUUCUUCUACUGCAAGCAAUGCCCUUAGCAUACUACUCCAAAAGAAUAUGCACCAUGGAUGCAGAGUUUGAGACUCAAUCCUCUGCUUCUUCCCCUUCAUCAUCCCCUCCGGUGAACGAGUCGAUGGGAUUUAAGUCCAAGAGAAUUCAGGAAGUGAAAGAUGCAAAUGAAAGCAAGAGAAUGGUUAAAAAUGGUGAAGUUGAGGGGAAACAUCAAACGUAUAGGGGAGUGAGAAUGCGUCAAUGGGGUAAAUGGGUAUCUGAAAUCCGGGAACCGAGGAAAAAGUCAAGAAUUUGGCUAGGCACAUUUCCUACAGCUGAAAUGGCAGCUCGAGCACAUGAUGUAGCAGCUCUUACCAUUAAAGGCAAGUCAGCUUAUCUCAAUUUCCCUGAGAUUGCUCAUGAGCUUCCCCGUCCAGUUAGUGCAUCACCCAAGGAUAUCCAAGCUGCUGCUGCUAAAGCAGCUGCCUUAAGCUACAUGAAAAGCCAUGAAGUUGAAGCAGAGGUGAGCCAGGUUGAUGAAAUGGUUCCUCAGUCUUCAGCAAGCACAGUGAUAUCUCAUGACUCGUCAAGCUCACCUUCAAUCAAUAAUGAUGAUGCAUUCAUUGACCUUCCAGAUCUCUUGGUGGACAUGAAUCAUCAGGUUGAUGAGUUCUGGAGCUCAUUUUCAUGGCAGUUGGCUGCAACUGAUGAUCCUGUUGAAAAUGGGUUUGGGUAUGAGGAGCCUUGCCUUUGGGAAUACUGCUAGAAAGAAUUGGAGAUCAAGAGAGAGCAAUUCCAUGAUUACCUGUAAUAUUCCAAGCUUCCCAUGCUUGGUACAUUUGUCACUAAGGAAGUCCAAUUUUCUUCAAAAUUGGAUCCCCAAACCAAUCUGGUGCAAGAAAAAUGGAAUUUACAGGUUUGAUUUAGAAUCUUGCUACCCAAAAAUCCUACUCUGAAAUUCUAUUCACUAACUGAGAGGUCAACGUUCAUCCAUACCAAAGUCACCCUGUU